AUCCGUAUCAGCCGUCCUCCGCCGCAGUCCUUGGCGCCAGAGACGCCGCAGCAUCCCAGCCAUUAGAGUCUCCUCAGCUCGCUCCGGGUCCAUCCCUCGUCCGCUGCCUCUUCUGGCGCCAUGGCGAAGCCGUUGACGGACAGCGAGAGGCAGAAGCAGAUCAGCGUGCGUGGCCUCGCGGGGCUGGGCGACGUGGCCGAGGUGCGGAAGAGCUUCAACAGGCACCUGCACUUCACGCUGGUCAAGGACCGCAAUGUGGCCACGCCCCGCGACUACUUCUUCGCUCUGGCACACACCGUGCGCGACCACCUAGUGGGCCGCUGGAUCCGCACGCAGCAGCACUACUACGAGCGGGACCCCAAGCGAAUUUAUUACCUUUCCCUGGAAUUCUACAUGGGCCGCACACUGCAGAACACCAUGGUGAACCUGGGCCUUCAGACUGCAUGCGAUGAAGCCACUUACCAGUUGGGGUUGGACUUGGAAGAACUGGAGGAAAUAGAGGAGGAUGCUGGCCUUGGGAAUGGCGGCCUGGGGCGGCUGGCAGCCUGCUUCCUUGAUUCGAUGGCUACCCUUGGUCUAGCUGCAUAUGGCUAUGGAAUCCGCUAUGAAUUUGGGAUUUUCAACCAGAAGAUUGUCAAUGGCUGGCAGGUUGAAGAAGCUGAUGACUGGCUGCGCUAUGGGAACCCAUGGGAGAAAGCGAGGCCCGAGUACAUGCUGCCCGUGCACUUCUACGGGAGAGUGGAACACACCCCUGAUGGUGUCCUGUGGUUGGACACACAGGUGGUACUUGCCAUGCCCUAUGACACCCCAGUGCCUGGGUAUAAGAACAACACCGUCAACACCAUGAGGCUCUGGUCUGCCAAGGCACCCAAUGACUUCAAGCUGAAGGAUUUCAACGUUGGGGACUACAUCGAAGCUGUCCUGGACAGGAACUUGGCUGAAAACAUCUCCAGGGUCCUGUAUCCCAACGAUAAUUUCUUUGAGGGGAAGGAGCUGCGGCUGAAGCAGGAGUAUUUUGUGGUAGCUGCCACCCUGCAGGACAUCAUCCGAAGGUUCAAGUCCUCCAGGUUCGGCUGCCGGGACCCAGUGAGAACCUGUUUCGAGACGUUCCCAGACAAGGUAGCCAUCCAGCUGAAUGAUACCCACCCCGCGCUCUCCAUUCCUGAGCUCAUGCGGAUCCUGGUGGAUGUGGAGAAGGUAGACUGGGAUAAGGCCUGGGAGAUCACCAAAAAGACCUGUGCAUACACCAACCACACUGUGCUGCCUGAGGCCUUGGAGCGCUGGCCAGUGUCCAUGUUUGAGAAACUGCUGCCCCGGCACCUGGACAUCAUCUACGCCAUCAACCAGAGGCACUUGGAUCACGUGGCUUCCCUGUUUCCUGGGGACGUGGACCGCCUGAGGAGGAUGUCUGUGAUUGAGGAAGGGGACUGCAAGAGGAUCAACAUGGCACACCUGUGUGUGAUAGGGUCCCAUGCUGUGAACGGUGUGGCAAGGAUUCACUCCGAGAUUGUGAAACAGUCUGUUUUUAAGGACUUUUAUGAGUUAGAGCCAGAGAAGUUCCAGAAUAAGACCAAUGGUAUCACACCCCGACGGUGGCUGCUGCUGUGCAAUCCAGGGCUGGCGGACGUCAUCGUGGAGAGAAUUGGGGAAGGUUUCCUGACUGAUCUGAGCCAACUGAAGAAGCUGCUGUCACUGGUGGAUGAUGAGGCCUUCAUCAGAGACAUAGCCAAGAUCAAGCAGGAAAACAAGCUGAAGUUCUCUGCCCUACUAGAGAAGGAUUACAAGGUGAAGAUCAACCCUGCCUCCAUGUUUGAUGUGCACGUGAAGAGGAUCCAUGAGUACAAGCGACAGCUACUCAACUGCCUGCACGUCAUCACCCUGUACAACCGAAUAAAGAAGGAUCCAGCCAAGGCCUUUGUGCCCAGGACUGUUAUGAUCGGGGGCAAGGCAGCUCCUGGUUACCACAUGGCUAAGAUGAUCAUCAAGCUGGUCACGUCCAUUGGAGACGUUGUCAAUCAUGAUCCAGUUGUGGGUGACAGGCUCAAAGUGAUCUUCCUGGAGAACUACCGGGUGUCAUUAGCUGAGAAAGUGAUUCCAGCCGCUGACCUGUCACAGCAGAUUUCCACUGCGGGCACCGAAGCCUCAGGCACUGGUAACAUGAAGUUCAUGCUCAAUGGGGCUCUCACCAUCGGCACCAUGGACGGUGCCAAUGUGGAGAUGGCUGAGGAGGCCGGGGAGGAGAACCUCUUCAUCUUUGGUAUGCGAGUGGAGGAUGUUGAGGCCCUGGACCAGAAAGGGUACAAUGCCAGAGAAUUCUAUGAGCGCCUGCCUGAGCUGAAACAGGCUGUGGACCAGAUCAGCAGCGGCUUCUUUUCUCCCAAAGAUCCAGACUGUUUCAAGGAUGUGGUCAACAUGCUGAUGUACCAUGACAGGUUCAAGGUGUUUGCAGACUAUGAAGCUUACAUACAGUGCCAGGCCCAGGUGGACCAUCUCUACCGGAAUUCCAAGGAGUGGACCAAGAAGGUGAUCAGGAAUAUUGCCUGCUCUGGCAAGUUCUCCAGUGACAGGACCAUCACUGAGUACGCACGGGAGAUCUGGGGUGUAGAGCCCUCCGACCUGCAGAUCCCACCCCCCAACCUCCCCAAGGAUUAAUGACCCCACACAGUGAGACCAGUGGCUUGUUUGGCUGACUCCGUGUCCAUGCCAGUCUUCAGACACUACAAGCAGCUGCUGGUCCCUGCCAUCCCAUGUGCUGUGUUUCCAGGAGGGGCCAUGGGGAUGGUUUUGAGGACCUGGAUAAAGCAGUGUGUGGCAUCCUCCUGGUUUCUUGCAAAAGAACUCUGCUUGCAGAGUUCACAGCACAGAUGGGCAGACAUGGACCCCACAGAGGAUGAGCAGGGAGGGAAUGGAGCUGAGCCCCUGAAACCCUGCACAUAACAGAGUGAGCUUAAGUCUUUAGUUUUGAACCUUUAGAUUUGGAGUCUGAGUGGGGAUCUGUGAUGAAGCCUGUAUCUCUGUGUUUUACUAGUAGCUAGGUCACUAGCUGUAAGGUAGGGUCAAGACCAGUAUGUGACCUCCUUGGCCCUGCUGGGUAGAAUCAUUUCUUCAGGCUUCAUGCUUACAGCUUUCUGCCCUCUGCCCUUGGCUAUACUGGGAUAUGGCUUGUUGAUCCAUAUUGGCCACGCCUCUGUAGCCAUCUGUGGAACCAUGUGGAUGUCAUGUAGAACCCAGGACUUGAGGAGAGCAGCACUAAAGAGGGACCUGUGUCCCAUGUCUGAGGCCUUGGUUAAGGACUGGCAAUUCUUUCGUUAGCUUGGUGUUUCGCUUUUUCAACAGGAAGUAACACUUCACGAGGAACUGAAACUAGCUAAAGCCUUUCUUUUUUAGCAAGUAAACAUAGUACUAGGUCAGUUUGGUGUCAAGUUUUGGCUACUUUGGGGAUAGUCUGCCUGGCUGAAGAGUCAGCUGCCUGUCCUGAGGCCCUGGGCAGUGGCUCUGAGCCCCACUAACAUUCUGUCCAUGUCCUGAGGUACAUUUCCUGUUGAUUGCACAAGACCAGGUACCAUUCUGUCUCCAUUUCCAGCAGCCAAGUCUGGAUAAAGCCCAUGGGCCCAAAGAAACCCAGUUUCUACUCUGCUAUAGCAGCCUAGUGUGGAAGAGAGGUUGAGCACCCCGCCCCUCUGACUAUAGGAGCCAUGCUCCUCCCUGAGGGCAGAACCUGCUUUAAGUGCUGCCCAAAGGAGAGUGGCUUGUCAGAGAAACUACGUGGGUCUAUCCUUCCAGACGCUUCUGCCACCUUGCAUUGCUGUAACUGGCUGGGGGUCAGCAGGGGACCCCUUCACUUCCCUCAUGCCAGCAGCGUUGGCUGGGAAGUGUCUGCUUUCAGUACUCAAUUCACCGAAGCCACUGUGGUAGCUUGUGGGGUGGACAGGUUCUAGGGCUGGUCAUCGGCUGCGUGGUAGCCUUAUGCAUGAGGUCCCUGAAGCCAUGAUACAUGACCGUCACUCUACUACUUGCUGUUACCUCCUUGUGUGAGAAAUGGAUUAAACGUCUAUGCCCAUGGUUGGCCAAUGUGG